UCAAACAUCUACUUAGUGAUACCUAUUUCAUUAGUUAUCUCUCUGAUUACCGAUACAUUUUGAUGAUAUUUUAAGUUUCUUUAAAUAGUUUAAUUAGUAUUUAAAUAACAAAAUGAAAAUUUUAUAUAAAACUCUGCUGUUUACAGCAGUGUUUAUGGCUGGUUUCCUGAUACUGAACACCAUGGCUCAAAGUAAACAAAAGAGUGGCUUGUCGCUGUCCGAGAAAGUACAAAACCUCAUGGAUAUGAAUAAUAAAAAGGCUUUGUUACGUUUUAAUGGUCAGAAAUUUAAGGAAUAUGUUAAAAACUCGCCCCGAAACUAUUCCAUGAUUGUUAUGUUGACGGCGUUGGCUCCAUCACGUCAAUGCCAGAUAUGUAGACAUGCCCAUGAUGAGUUCCAAAUUGUGGCACAAUCUUAUCGCUUUUCACCGGUCUACUCGAAUAAACUGUUCUUUGCCAUGGUUGAUUUCGAUGAAGGUUCCGAUGUUUUCCAAAUGCUACGUCUGAACACUGCCCCUGUGUUCAUGCAUUUCCCAGCCAAGGGCAAACCAAAGGGAGCUGAUACCAUGGAUAUUCAUCGUGUGGGUUUCGCUGCUGAUGCCAUUGGCAAAUUUAUUGCUGAACGUACUGACAUUCAAAUUCGCAUAUUCCGACCACCAAAUUAUUCUGGUACCGUUGCUAUGAUAACGCUGGCUGCUUUGGUUGGUGGUUUCCUCUACAUGAGACGUAACAAUUUGGAAUUCUUGUACAAUAAAUCAAUAUGGGGAGCAAUUGCGGUGUUCUUCUGUUUCACCAUGAUCUCGGGACAAAUGUGGAAUCACAUUCGUGGACCACCACUUGUGCACAAGUCACAGAAUGGUGGUGUAGCCUAUAUACAUGGAUCUUCACAGGGCCAAUUGGUUGUGGAGACCUACAUUGUCUUGGGUUUGAAUGCUUUGAUUUUCUUUGGCAUGCUGUUGCUUACUGAAUCAGGCAGUCAAACAGAUCCACGUAAGGGACGCAUCAUGUCCAUAGUUGGUUUGGCACUAUUAGCCAUAUUCUUUUCAUUCCUACUUUCGGUGUUCCGCUCGAAGGCUCAAGGUUAUCCCUAUAGCUUUUUAUUUAAAUGAAUAUAUUUAUGGAAAAGUUUAUAAUUACCUAAACUUAUUACGAAAUUCAAUAGAUGCGUUUUUCUAUACAUAAAAUAAUUUACGUGAGGAAAUAAACAUGUUUUGUUUUUGUGUAAACAAA